ACGAGAUUCUGCUGUAGUAGGUGUGGAGAAGUUGGAAAUUAUUAUAUGAUACUUGCAGUCGGCACAGAUAAAUCGCCGCGCUGGAUAUGCAAACGAUCAAGUGUGUAGUUGUAGGAGAUGGAGCGGUGGGUAAAACCUGCCUGCUCAUCUCUUACACUACCAAUAAAUUCCCAUCCGAAUAUGUACCAACAGUAUUUGACAAUUAUGCCGUUACUGUUAUGAUUGGAGGCGAUCCUUACACUCUGGGAUUGUUCGACACAGCAGGUCAGGAAGAUUAUGACAGACUGCGUCCAUUAAGUUAUCCACAAACAGAUGUGUUUCUUGUUUGUUUCUCAGUUGUGUCUCCUUCGUCGUUUGAAAAUGUUAAGGAGAAAUGGGUACCAGAAAUAACGCAUCACUGUCAAAGGACCCCAUUUUUAUUAGUAGGGACCCAGAUUGACUUGAGAGAUGAUGUAGCAACGAUCGAAAAACUUGCAAAGAACAAACAAAAGCCCAUAUCCAUUGAACAGGGUGAAAAACUUGCCAAGGAAUUGAAAGCUGUAAAAUAUGUUGAAUGCAGUGCUUUAACUCAGAAAGGAUUGAAAAAUGUCUUUGAUGAAGCUAUUCUCGCUGCAUUAGAACCACCAGAGCCUCCUAAAAGCAGGAAGUGUUUUCUUUUGUAAGAUGCCCUAGUCUAGUGUUCAGCCAGUCAUUGCGUGGAUAUUGACGCACUUGAAGCUGCUGUGUUCGAUGCGACAACGGCAAUUAACUCUUGUGCGGCUAGUUAAUCAGUAAUUACAACAUCAGAGCCAGACAACACAUUCCGAAAUUUUGAGAAAGAAAAAAAAAACAAUUGAAUUAGAGAUUUUUGAGACUAUGUAUCGAGUGUAAUUCGACAAAUCGGCGAUUGUCGAUUUUUUUAUCACAUUUCCCUAAUGAUAAUCUCCAGGUACUACACGCUCGCGUAUAAUAUACUCAUUUGCGUAAAUUUAAGCCGUGAUUUUGGCACUUUUUGACAAAUUCUAUUGAGUAUAUAUGUGUAUAAUAUAUACUAAGGGAACACACAACAUAGUGCAUUUUCGGGACCGCACCUAAUUCGUUAUUUUUCUGUAUUGAACGAUGAAAUUUUGAAAAAAUGAUUCGCCGGCACAUAGAACUGACUGAUUUAAUUAGGUAAUUUAAUUACUAUCGUUAGUUGACAGUUGCAGUAACCCAUUAUAAUUAAUAUUCUAAUUAUUACUAAUAUAUUAUAAGCAACUGUGCGACGUCGAGAGUACGGGUAUGUAUGAUUUUAAAAUAGUGUCGUCAGAAUUUUCGUAAUGUUUUUUAAAGGUUGUAGCCAAUUUUUGAGAUAUUAUUUAUGAAAAAUACUUGAACAGUAUUGAAUCAUGUAUUUUAAACAGUUGUGAGAGAAAGAAAAGCGAAAGUUGAAUAAUUAAUUCGAUGAAAGAGAGAAAGCUCGUUAUAUUUUUGUUGAUACGAAAUAACCGCGUCAACGCAAGCAGGGUCUAAUGUUUUAAUCUUCGAAAGCGUAAAAUUUAUUUGUAUGGCCUCUCUCACGUUUGAUCAUUGUACUUGUUAUCGUAUCGAAUAACUGUAUAUGUUAAUCCAGGCAGGGUUAAAUUUAAUUAUCGAAAGCGUAAACUCGGAAGAGAUUAUGAUUAAUUUGUACGUCCCUCUUACAAUGGCACACAUUGUUAUGUAAGGAAUAUUCUUGAAUAAACAUUAAAUUACAUUUUUACGCCACUUUGCAUC